UAUAUUUGUCAUCUGUCUGUGUACAAAUCUGUAAAACAUUAUAUAUAUAUUUUUAUUAGACCUUUGAAAAUCCAAAAAUAUUUCCUGCAACAAAUUCUGAAGAAAGAAAAGAGCCAGCUACAUCGUAACAUCGUAGCAAUCUUAAGGGCUUUCCGGAAUAGAAUCUUUCAGAAUCAACUUGGCGUUGAACUAUUUUUUUUAUCGUGUAUCACAUCAAAAUUCAGUUAGAGUUUCAGUGAGUCUCAAACCGGGACUCUCGCCCAUUAAGUAAUUGCCAAUUUAUUGAUAUCAUUUGAGCGAAUACGAUUCCAAAAGAACAACAACGAGAAAACAAAGUUUCAGGCAAUUUUCAGAGAGACAUAAAGAGAGAGAGAGAGAGAGCGAAAGCGAAAACCGAAGACAGAGAGAGAGAGUGAGCUGGAGAUCGAGAGUGUGAUUGAAGAAUUGAUGGAUUUUGCCUUACGCGAAACAACUCUCUCUCUCUCUUAUUGUUUUUUUCUUCAUUUUACAUAAUUAACUAUUCCAAAUUUUAAGUUAAGAGGCGACCAAAAAGCACUCGUUAUGAACAACACAUUUGCCACGCUAAGCGAUGAGGAGUUGGAGGAGAACGGAAAGCUGUAUGGCAUCGUUGAGGUGGAUCAACUGCGAAGCACGUGGAAGGCGCGCAAGUUUCCGAUCGAGGUGCCCACAACGCUGAUGCAGAGCGGCCUAUUGCCAUCGAUAUUCGACUGGCCGCUGUUGGGGGAGCUGAUGCCGAUGGAGCAGGCGAUGGGUGAAGCGAUGCUGCAGCAGCGGAUCAACGAUUUGGAGCUGUUGAACAGCUUGACGACAUCGCUGCAGCGCAUCGAGAUCAGUGCGGAGCCGGACAUUGGCAUCGAUGUGGUUGUGGGGCGUCCCAGUUACAAUGUUCUGGUGCAGGAUAAUGGCAGCAUUUUGGUCAAGGAGCUGCCCAGCCUGCACAUCCAUGUCUACGCUGUGGAGUCGCGAGCAGCCGCUGGACACGAAUGCGCGCCAUCGAUGCUGCCAUCGGCAUCGGCAUCGGAACAAAGUGCGAAGACAACAACGACAACAACAACAACUACAAAGAGACGAGAAGAGGAACAGCAGCAAGAGGAAGCACAGAACACAGUGGAAAAUGAUGAUGAAGAACAACAAUUACAACAAGAUGUGAACGAUGAACUGGACGACACGAAAUAUAAAGAGGAUCAUUUAACAUCAUCGUUGGACCCCGAUACCGAUACAAAUACCGAUAACGACAGCGAUAAAGAUAACGAUAACGAUACCGAUUUGCUGACCGACGACGAAUCGGAGGAACAAAGCGGCGACAUUAAGCUGCAUCGCCGCAUGUCCUUUUGGAUGCGUGUCGGGCAUUUUUUGCGCCAGAAUAUUCCGCGUCUCAAUUAGACUCACACACACAGACACACACACACACAGACACACCCACAGACUUUGCAAUUAUUUGUUCGUUACAACAUCGAUCGACAAACACAAUUUCUGUAAUUUCCAACAAUUUGUUCAUUGAAUAAAACACAAAUGAAAACGCG